AUGUAUCGAUAUGAAGUGUUAGAGGUUUUGGGGAAAGGUUCGUUUGGCCAGGUCGUCAAAGCCUUAGAUCACAAGACUGGCCAGCAUGUUGCUGUUAAGAUUAUUAGAAACAAAAAAAGGUUUCAUCAACAAGCGUUAAUAGAGGUUAAGAUUUUAGACAAUCUGAGAAAAAAGGAUAAAGAUAAUUCACAUAACCUAAUCCAUAUGAUUGAUCAUUUCUACUUUCGGAAUCAUCUUUGUAUAGUGUUCGAAUUGAUGGGAAUGAAUUUAUACGAAUUGAUCAAGAAAAAUAAUUUCCAAGGAUUCAGUUUAGCUCUUAUUAGAAAAUUUGCUGUCGCACUUCUUCAAUGUCUUCGCGUCAUUCACAAAGAAAAGAUAAUCCACUGUGAUCUUAAACCAGAAAAUAUCUUACUAAAACAGAAGGGACAAACAUCGAUCAAAGUUAUUGAUUUUGGUUCAAGUUGUUACGAACAUCAAAGAGUCUAUACAUACAUACAAAGUCGAUUCUACCGUUCACCGGAAGUUAUUCUAGGACUACCGUACAGCAUGGCCAUCGAUAUGUGGAGUUUUGGGUGUAUACUUGCAGAGCUGUACACAGGGUACCCACUCUUUCCAGGCGAGAAUGAAGUCGAGCAGUUGGCAUGUAUUAUGGAGGUUCUUGGUCUCCCACACUCCAAAGUCAUCGAGACUGCGUCKAGAAGACGGCUAUUCUUUGAUUCUAAAGGCAUUCCUAGAUGUAUWACCAACUCCAAGGGUAAAAAGCGAAGGCCAAAUACAAAAGACCUCAGUGUAGCAAUCAAAAACAACGACGCACUAUUCCUGGCAUUCUUGAAGAAAUGUCUUGAGUGGGACCCUGAAAAACGCAUGACACCCGAAGACGCAUUGCAGGACGAAUGGAUUUUAGAGGGUCGUCAAAAGACACGUGGUAUAUCAAGAAUAAGCUCCCGUUACCACCCUCCUACAAGYCAUCGCAGUAUUCACGACAUCUCCAAGGGAAACGACACAACUGUUACAACCACUGACACAACAAAAACCACCGAGGGCUCAAGCUGGACGGCGAAAAGAAGCGCGCGAACACGUGAACGWCUGCAACCAAUAGGUGCCGAUUCUACCCACAAUGCACAGUAUGAUUCWAAUAAUAAUAAURUACAUAUCACCGCGCCGGGSACUGGUGCCCACUUAAAAAGAAUCGGCUCCACUUCCAAAGUUGACUYAACCGGUAAAGAACGAACGGUAGAGAAUAAUACCGAAAGRCCAAACGAAGCUGAGAAAGAAGGUCAAUUCUUACCUCCGAUUAAAUAAUAUAGUGUGUUMUAAAUAAUU